AUGGCGUCAGUUGAUGUGGCGAGCGGGGACCGCACAAAUGCGAUCUUGUAUCCAGAACCGACGCGUGGGAGUUGCGAGCCAAUCAGGAGUGACCAAAGAUCGCAACACGAACCCGACGUGCAGAGAAAAAGCGACGUGAAGACGGAGAGCGGUGAGACUUCGAGAUUUGCGUCGGAGAGCAGCACCAGAUUGAAUCUCCCUUCGAGAUUUGCGCAGUCGAGCACAGAGGCGAAGUAACUGCGAGUACGGAGAAGUGCGAGGUAGUGAGUGGGGUGCACGAAGAGGUCAGAGGACCAACACGAGAAGAGAGAAGGAGAAGAGAGAGAAGAGGUGCGAUUGGACGGACGAUCAGUCGUCAGUGCAUUGGUGGACGCGUGGGGCAACGACAGCGACGGGCGACGAGACCAGGAGGAGAGGACCCUCCGAGUUACUGUGUGGCUGCGAGCCGUAGGGUAGGCGCCAGAGGCGUAAUCCAAGUGGCUUUAGUAAGCGAGGUUUAAUGGGACCCAUAUCGUCGGUGCUUUGCGUGGACAGAGUUGUGCUGGGGGCGGAUUAGAAGGACAGGAGCACGGAGAGUGGACGCUCGACAAGUUACGGACGCGUGGCGAGUCGGAAGCGUAGAAGUGAGACUGAGUAGCGGCGUAUUCCGGGAAAGAAG